AUGGACCUCAGACGUUUGGACGUGGCCAGACAGGAGGCUCUGGCGCUGGAUACCUGGAUGCAAAGCAAUGGGCUCGAGGAUGAAUCCGACCUGGCGUUCUUCUUCGACAACUAUGCCACCGCUCUGCAAGAAGGGGGUCGCCCUGUAGCAGAAGCCUGGCAGGCAGCCAGAGCUAGAGCAGAGGCCAUGAUGCCUGGAGUGGGCAGACGGAUGGUCAUGGUCGAAGAUGCUUUGGUUACUCAGCAGAUGGCCAGUCAGGCUGCCGCAGCCAGUCGGGCUGAGCGGUCUCAGCCCUCGAGGCCCCAACGUUCCAGGAGCCCGCGACGACGAGCACGGGAGCGUGAAGUUGGCAAGCCUCUUCGGUCACAGGAGGUGGAGCGGGAGGCACAGGCCCUCCUCUACCUUGUCCUUACCAAAGGGCGAGCAGAGGGCCAACCUGCAAGAACUUUGUUGGAGCGAACGGAACCGCCCACUUUGCGAAGAGCACUGCGAACUUACGAUGAGCUGCGAAUGUGGGCAGCUGGCCUUGGGGAGUCGCCCCUUGGCUUGUCUGCUCACCACUUUCCGUCUUUCACAAGGAGCAGCCAGGGGCCUAAGCGAGCGGCGGUGGCCUUGCGGUGGAUCCGCAAGAACUUGGAGGUGGACUGGGACCUUGGCUUGCUCCCCAGGCCCAAGGCCAAGGGCGACAGGUAUGGGCAGGGUGCGCGGCAGGCGGCCGUGCUUGUCCCCUUGCUCAUCCGUUCCUUGAAUACGUAUUUGGGGGCCGAGGACCCAACCACGCCUGAUUGGGCAGUGCUCUUCGGUGCCUAUGCCAUGGUCUUUGGCUGCGUCAGGUUCCGACACCUUCAGCGAUCCAGGCUGGUUAGCUUCAGCGGCUCGGUCCUAAACUUCUGGUGUUCCAAGGGCAAGACCAUCGGCCAGCGCAACGGCUUCCGAUGGAGCCUGCCCCGCUACACCUCGCAUGGGGUUGACCUGGCCGUAGUGUUCCAGAAGUCCCGAGCUAAGGUCCGCCAGGAUAACGUCAUGAACUUUGCACUGGUGGCAAUGCCCUCUGGCAAGAUUGGUGUCCACGCCUUCCAGAUGAGGCUCCGCGCGGUGUUGCAUGCCAUGCUGAACAAGCCGGAGCAGUUGGUCACCUACAGCCUACGUAGAGUCAAUGCCACGGCGGCCGGGAUGGCCGAGCUGGGAGAGCCUGACAGGCUCGCGCUUGGGGGGUGGCAGGAUGCCGGUAAGGUUAAGAGCACCCCCUUUCGGUACGAUGCGGCAAGGGCGACGCGCGAAAUCCACUUGAAGCUGGCUAUGCACAACACCCUCCUGAGCACUGAAGCUGAGACAUGGGAGGAGCUUCAGGCAACCGGCUAUCCGCAGGUGUUUGCUGCUUCGUUGCGGGAGGCCCAGGGCAAGGACCAAACGCUGCAGUGGCGCGACCCUCAGUUCACAUCUUCCCCGUUGCUCUCCGUGGCGGUAAAGGCGUCAUGGCUGGCGCCAAGAAGAGGACGACGUGCUCUAACCGGGAGUCGCCCGGCUGAGCCUGCCGGAGUCACCGGCCAGCGAGUCUCCAGUCAGGAAAUGCGUGACUACCAGCACAGGCCCGUCGCGCCGGCCACGACCGCCAAAAAGAUGGCCAAGCAGAAGUCUAGGCCCCUGACCAAGCGGGCGCCCCAGAAGCCAGCCAGCCAGGCGGUCAACGUGGUUCUCAAGCAAGGGCCGGGCAGUCCGCGCGGCCCGCCGGAGGCUCCGGCAGAAGCAGCGCCAGUCAGGCGCGGGUCCAGUCAGGACCUUGACAAGGCGUUCGACGCACUGGCAGGCCGUCGUGAAGAUGUAGUGCCGGCCACGGUUUGCUAUGCCAUCACGUCGACGCCUGGAACGCUGCUCUCAGAGGACUCUGUUGUGGAGGCGGUUCUCCUGUUGGGAGGCAUGCCUGCUUCCAACGACCCUGCUCUACGCCAGCACCGAGUUCGCCUCUUCGUCAGUGCCAUGGACAGACUUGCCGACACCGUGCCCAGCCAGGUUCACGCCAUCAAGGUCACGGUAAGCCAUCAGGGGCGAGAACGGGCGGCCGCUUGGAAGGCAGCCCUGCACACAAUCCGUUCCACCUUGGCCAACGGCGAGUCUGUUUUGGUUCACUGUGUGGCAGGCAAACACCGCUCUCCCAUCUUAAUGGCCACCUUUCUCGCGCAGUUUCGCCGGGUUCCCUUCGAAGAGGCCUACAAGUACGUGCAGGAGACACGGCAGGGGGUGGAACCGUGGAGAGUCCCAGCCAAAGUACAUGCGUGGGCCGAGUCCACCUCUCACUCUUGGGUUUUCGACCAGCCCAAGAUCCCCGGUAAGCCCCAGCUCCUUCGCAGUCGGCGGGGACACCGAGCAUGGCACAUGAGUUUCCCGCCGUUGCAGGAGGGAGGCCAGCCAGAACCCGUCUGCCUCUGGCGGCAGCGACCGACCUCGCAUCGCAGUUCAUUCCAAAGUGGUGUAGAUGCGGCGGUGGAUCCCUUCGAGGCGGCGGCCUACGGUGAUACUGGGACGCUUGCGCUUUGCCCAACUUGCGCUUCGCUUUUCCCUGCAUCUUGGAUAGUGGCCCUCAAGGACAUCACCGUGGUCGAUAGCUGA